AUGGAGGGAUGCGUCCCUGGCCAGGACACCGCGCCAACUGACACAGAACCCUCCAGCACCAUCAAACUGCUGCAUCUGGUUUUUCUCUCUACCUCCUGGGGAAUGCAGAUCUGGGUGACCUUUGUGGCUGGGUUUGUGAUGGGCAGCCACCUCCCUCGCCACACCUUCGGCUUCAUCCAGCGCCAGCUCUUCCCCUACUACUUCCACAUCGGCUCCGCUUGUGCCUUCCUCAACCUGACUCUGUUUGCCAUGUACCACCCCAGCGAGCUGCUCAGUGAGGAACAAACGACCCAGAUCAUUGUCUUCUUCAUUUGUGUCGCUGCUUCUGUGCUGAACACGCAGUGGUUCGGGCGGGCCACCUCCGACACCGUGGCAGACAUGCACCUCAUCGAGCGCAGCCAUGGCCUCGGCCAGGAGAUCGGGCUGAUUACCAGCAAGUCCUGCAAGCAGCUGCGUGCCUCCAACCCCAGCUACAGGCAGCUGUCCAGCCAGUUCACUCUCUACCACGCUCUGUCCUCCCUCUGCAACCUCUGCUGCAUCAUUUGCAAUGGCUUGAGCUUGUACCACUUGGCUGCCCAUCUCUCUGCCCUGUGA